GCCGUCAUAAUCUUUACGGGUUUGUUCUCGGUGGCAUUCCUCGGCUCACAUUUGCAAGGCUUUAGAUGGCUCGGAAUGGGUUUCGUCACUGCCGGUCUUGUGGUGGUGGGGGUUACGGAUAUCGUUUUCGACGAUAAUCCGAAAGAUGACACUAACGGCAUCAUAACGGGUGAUCUCCUCAUAAUAAUGGCACAAAUUGUUGUCGCCAUGCAAAUGGUCAUCGAGCAGAAAUUCUUGAUGCAAUACGACGUGCCGCCUUUACUGGCAGUUGGCUUAGAAGGCCUAUUCGGUAUGGUUAUCCUAACUGCUCUACUAAUUCCAAUGUAUUUCAUUCACGUUCCAACCGCAUUUUCAACCAAUCCAGAACAUCGUCUUGAGGAUAUUUUCGACGCAUUUCAUGAAAUUUAUGAUGAUCCUUACAUUAGUCUCGCACUUGGACUCACUAUUGUUAGUAUCGCAUUCUUCAAUUUUGCGGGUAUAUCAGUAACCAAAGAGCUCUCGGCUACAACGCGUAUGGUAUUGGACAGUGUGAGAACGUUGGUUAUCUGGGUUGUCUCAAUACCGCUGUUUGGACAGAAAUUUAUCGCUUUGCAGUUAUUCGGUUUCGCACUUCUCAUUUUGGGUAUGUUCGUAUAUAACGAUCUCAUUUUUGGUCCGUAUUUCCGUCAGAAGAUUCUGCCAAAACUCGGCGAUGGACGAACCGCAGGUUGUUGCCUGUCCUUCUGGAGUUUAGACGUGCCAGUAGCUGAUGAUCGCGAUUCAUUGAUCGAUGAACACAAUGAUCCGAAUAAUUGA